AUGCUAUCUACCUCUCCUACCCAGCCGGCCGACUCGGUCCGGGCACCUCCUCGUACUGGACUCCAGUCAUCAGCAGCGAGCGGAUUGCUGCAAAGUCUCUCUGCCACUGUUACUCCCGAAGCCCCCAAUUUGAAAAACCUCCGGCUCCGCGACAGGUCCCUGACUUCCCGAGGAUCAAGAAAGCGUCCGGCCAGCGUUUCAGACCAAGGAAAUCCCCCCUUUUGCCAUGAGGUCUUCAUGCGGACAAGGCCCAAGCCUACCCAUUACACCCCAGACCUUCAUGCAGUUCGCGUACAUCAUGGCACCCACCCAGCUUAUGAUUUUGAUCCCACAGUGGUAGCAUUGUCCAGCAGGACCUCUCCUGCCCCAGUGGACUCUCCAGCGCCAGUCAACACCCUGUCCCUUCAACCAAAGACCCGGCGAAUCACUGAGGAGCAACUCAUCAAUGAAGUUCACGGAAUCUAUGCUGGCCUUGUCCUUGUGGAAAAGAAAUGCGUUGAGAUUGAUCAACAACAGGUCAAAAACAAGGGAAAUUUGAAUACUGAGCAAUGGCAGGCUCUUAUUGGUCUUCACAGAGCCUUGCUUCACGAGCAUCACGACUUUUUUCUGGCCUCACAGCAUCCCUCUGCCAGCCCGGCACUUCAAAGAUUAGCCAGCAAGUAUGCUAUGCCAGCCAGGAUGUGGACCCAUGGAAUUCAUUCUUUCUUGAAGUUCUUGAGACACAGACUCCCUGCUUCGCUGGACUACAUGCUGGCAUUCAUAUAUACUGCCUAUUCAAUGAUGACCCUACUGCUUGAGAGCGUUCCUAGCUUUGAGAAUACCUGGAUUGAAUGUCUUGGAGAUCUUGGCAGAUACAGAAUGGCACUUGAGGAAGUGAACCUGCAGGAUAGAGAGGUUUGA